AUGCCAAGUAAGAAAGGAAUACUGAAGCCCUGUGAGGAGCUGAGAAUGAAGAGGGAAGUAGAAGCAAUUCUCAUGAAGUCCAAAAUGGAAUACCAGCAAAUGAAGACCAUGUUGCAGAAACAAAGUACCAGCAUCACCUUACCUUCAGACAUCUGUCACCUGCAGGGGUCAGCCGACCAGGUACCCGCGCCCUCUGGUGAUGCUCACCGCCCCCCACCAAAUCCACAGGAGCCUGCGUCUCCUAUGUCACCUGGUUUAAUGGAGUUCAGACAGGAUCUUCUGCUGUCACCCCCAUCCUCUGUCCACUCCCCUGAUAAAAAUACAUCAGCCUCACAGGGUCAAGAGAGUAUGCACCAGAUUUCUGCAAACCCACCUGUGAACACUCCUGACAGACCGGUGGUCUUCAAGUCAGCCAUAGCUCAGCUCAUCGGCACCACCAAAGCCGUGUCCAUGUCUCAGAGGCCACAACCUCCCCUGAAACCCCGAUCAGCGAGGCCUUCAUCAGGGCCCAAGGUGCAAAAGACAUUCAUCCGUUCUGGACAGGCGCCUACCCCUGGGACCAGAGUGGCAGCGCCACGUGUGCCACGGAACGUUUUCUGGUGCAGCAACCCCACGCUGAGCUCUGACAACUCCAGCGAGAGCAACAGCAGUGACGAUUCGGGCUCGGAUCAGUCUUCCAGGGCUCAGCGCAAAGGGUGGAGAAGGAUAAGAAGGAUAGUGCGACCCGUGCGUCCAACAAAGUUGACCUCUGAGAACAAAACACCCCUCAGCCAGAAGGGCAAAUUACCUGUCAUUCCCCACAAGGUCAAAUCUGCCACCGAACUUCUGGAGGAGGCCAGAAACAUCACUGGUAUGGGGUCUGAGAGCCAGGACGAGGUAGAGGAUACGAUGGCCACAGCCAAACAUUUGGUGAGGACGGGCCGCCGGACUGUGGACGAAAUCAUUGCCUCCUUGCAGAAUGAGACCGUUGACGUCUCUGCCUCUGACCAUAUGAUCAAGGAGCUGAUGAAACAGGUUCUAGGUGAUGGCUACUCUGCUGAUAAUGAGGAAGAAGCUAGCGAAGUGAGAACGAGUGGCGGACCUGAAUCUCUUGAGGAGCCUUCGGGUUAUGGUGUGAAUGAUAGCCCUGAUUCACCAGCAGUGGCGCAUGAGAAAAUCCAGAGGCUCCCAACUAGAGUCUCAUCUUGCCUUGUGCCCAAAGGAGUCUACAAGAUGGAUGGCACAGAGGCAAGUGUGGAUGUCAUCUAUAGUCUUAUGAAGGAAAACUAACAAGAUGCUGAUACUGUUGUUGUCAUUGAGCUCAGUUCAUGUCAAUCUUACCUAGGAGUUAUACAAGUACCAUCGCUAUACAGGUAAUGCAAGCCAUUUAACUGAAUGCCAGGUCUAUAUUAUGUCCUAUUACAGUUAACAAGGAGAGACUAGGUGCGGUCACUGGAUUGAUGCUAAAAUAGAGGCAAUCUUCUCAGCUGGA